UAUUCCUUCACCUGCAAGCAACGGCCUUGCCUGCUCUCAAAGGGCUGCCACACCCAUUCACCAUCUCCUCCUUUCUUCGUGUAGUCUCCUCACCCUUCUCUGUGUGCGCGUAGCCCGCGUAAUCUCUCACAUCUGGGUGCGUGUACCUUCCUCUCGAACCCUAAUCUCUCUCUCUCUCUCUCUCUCUCUCUCUCUCUCUCUCUCCAGAAGAAGAAGACAUCAAUGUAUGAUAAUUUGGGACGCCAGCCUGGGGUGCCAAGACCACCCUUGAACCCCCAACCAAAUCCCUUUGGAGAUUCAUUCUAUGGAGCUGGAUCAGGACUCAUCCGAGGUGGGCUGGGUGCAUACGGGGAGAAAAUCCUUGGAUCGAGCUCUGAGUACGUGCAAAGCAAUAUCAGUAGGUAUUUUUCGGAUCCUCAAUACUACUUUCAAGUGAAUGACCAAUAUGUGAGGAACAAGUUGAAGGUUAUCUUGUUUCCAUUCCUACACAGGGGACAUUGGACGAGGAUAACAGAACCAGUCGGGGGCAGGCUCUCUUAUAAACCUCCAAUCUAUGACAUCAAUGCUCCGGAUUUGUACAUUCCCUUCAUGUCAUUUGGCACCUAUGUGGUUAUUGUGGGCUUCGCGUUGGGCCUUCUUGGAAAGUUUAGCCCCGAAGCUUUGAGCCUGCAGUUUUCAAAAGGAUUGCUAGGCUGGUUUUUGCAGGUCGCCCUGCUUAAAGCUUCCUUAUAUUCACUGGGUACUGGAGAGGCCCCACUGCUGGAUAUUGUUGCAUAUGGUGGGUAUGCUUUCACUGGCAUGUCGCUGGCUGUUCUGGCGGGCAUCUUCUCAAGAUAUGCUUAUUACUGCCUGAUGCCGUGGACGUGCAUCUGCAUGGGGGUGUUCCUGGUGAAGACCAUGAAAAGGGUUCUCUUCGCAGAGGUAAGGAGCUACGAGAAGCAUUCAAGCCGACACCACUACCUGCUACUGUUCAUGGCCGUGGCCCAGUUCCCAUUGUUCUUCUGGUUAGGCAAUGUGGGGUCAUGAAUUCCGACUGCGGCUCUCCUAUAGAAACUGUGUAUUCUAUUGGCAUGCCCAAGGUGGCCUGUCUGAAUCAGACGGUAGUUGUGCACUUGUUUGGCAUUUUGGGUCGUUGUAGGAUGUCGAUGCUUUGCAUC